CGGAGAGAAGCUCUCUCAGACAGGCAGCAGCAGAGGAGGCGAGAGCAUCACGUCGUAAUCUACGUCUUCGUUUUUCUUCGAUUUUUCGCGUAAUUUUUUGGGCUCCCAGUCCCAUCCCUUACAAGCCCACUACUACCCUUCGUCGUCGUCAAAACAGGUCAUCCAGAACCACCCCCUCUCUUCGUGAAAUAAGAUGGCUACCCGUAUCUACGUUGGUGGAAUAAAUGACACGGUUACCCGUGAACAUUUGGAGGACUUGUUCAACAAGUAUGGCAAGACCGAGCACGUUUGGGUUGCAUUCAACCCCCCAGGUUUCGCCUUCGUCAACUUUGAAACCGAACAAUCUGCGACUGAUGCCGUGGACGCUCUGAAUGGAGAAGAAUUCAUGGGAUGCAAGCUCCGUGUUGAAGUUUCUCGCCCAAGGGCCCCAGGCGGUCGAGGUGGACGUGGCGGAUAUGGGGGCGGCCGAGGUGGAGGUGGUCGAGGAGGCUAUGAUGGUGGUGGCGGUGGAGGUUAUCGAGGUGGACGUGGCGGUGGCGGAGGAGGAGGAUUCCGAGGAGGACGUCGAGACGAUGAUCGUGGAAGCCGUUACGACAACUACCGCUCUUCUGGUGGUGGAGGAGGAGGCUCUCGUGGGGGUUCCCGUGGUGGAGGUUCUCGCGGAGGUGGUGAUCGCUAUCGUAGUCGCUCGCCCCAAAGCCGCGGAAGGUACGAUUCCGAUUAAGCUGGGGCGGCGGCUACGGUGACUCCAGCGGAUAUGGCGGGUAUUCUCGGAGUUCCGGUGGUGGUGAUGGCUAUGGAAGCUAUUAAUUACCCCCCACCCCCAGUACCAACUACCACUACUACUUAGUUCUACUACAGAGACACUUACAUUAAGCAAAAACCAAGGUAUCAAAAACCCUCUCUUCCGUAUAUUCGCACGCAGUCAGCUAGUUCUUCGUACAAUAAUAUUUCUUCUGUUUAUUUGCCAUUUGCCAUCGUCUUAUUCUUUAAUUGGUUUGUCUCCGCUCCGAUAUUAAGCCAGAACUUCGUAUUAUUAUAAUCAAUUUCUCACUCUCUCUCUUUUUUGAAACAAUGCAGUCACAGGCAAAAAAAUCCAAUCGAGUUCUUCGCUAUAUUACGGUGCUCUCAAUUUCAGAUUAUUCAUGAAAUUUCUCGAAAUUAACUUCGCGUCGAAUUUUCUUCGAUUGGAAAAGACUGCAUAAAAAUGUAACAACGAAAGAAAUCUCGGCUUACUACUGGACUGUGAUAAAUCUUGUGUUCGUUCGCUGUGAUAAACAGUUACAAACUUCACAAAAGAUAUUACCCCUUUUCACCGCAAAAUGCAAAAUGCCCUCUCAACUAAUGUCUCCUUAUCCACUCGAUUACCCUACCCCACCCCCCAUUCACUAUCAAACCUGCAUUAAAAUUCCUUGUCAGGUGCUAGUCACAUCACAAAAUUUUGUCCCGAUAAGUUUAUCCAGUUCUAUAAUAAACCUCACUUGACAUUGUGGUGAAAGAACUAAUCAAUUGUUCAAAUCGAUCUCAAUUUUGACAACCCUUUUCACUCCCGUCCCCACAAUUAACAUUUCUCCUUCGACCCCUUAUAUUAUUGUCCCAACAGCAAUUAUUACCAAGAAUAGGACCCAUGCGCUACUUUACUUUUUGACUUUCUGUGAUCUCUCAAUGCCAUUUAAUAUUAUGAAAUAUGAAAGUAUUGUGAAAUGCAAAAAUAUGGACAGUGUUUGAUUGAUUUACACAGUUGUAUCAUCGCUGCGCUCCCUUCGAACGUUAAAAAGCACAGACUGACUGAUUCCUUCGAUUCGUGACUUCGAUGUACUUCAUCUUAUACCUCGUCAUCAUCGCUCCGACUUGAAGAAAAUCAAGCCACGUAAUACUAAUUUAUUUGUUUCUUCAUUUCUACAUGAUUUAUUAUAAUUACUGAUAAUCAGUCCUCAUCAUAACUUUUCAAUGUUUCCCCCAUUCGAAAUCUUCGCAAAUUUUCAGUUUGUCGUCUGCUGAACAAAGUGUUUAAUGUUGAUCUCGUUUCAAUCGUGUUACAAUAGGUGCAAGCAGCGUAUAUAAAAUAUUCUACGUUUUUUUAUAAAUAUUGUUGUGCUUCAAGGAUUAUCUGCUACUACUAACUAAACUGCUAUCCCAACUAAAUAGACAAAUGUGUUUGUUAAUUGUAUUUCUAAAAUCCUGCGUUAUAUUUGUGUGCCACACGUUUUUUGACAACUUUCAAUCGUGACUUAUCUUAUUUACUGUCGUGAAUUAUUAUUAUGUGAAGAACGACGAGCGACGCGAAGGUCGAUUAUAUAUACUACUAAUUGCAGCCAUAAAAUAAUAUUCCAUCCAAUUAUAGGGAUGAUUCAACUUGUCUAUUUGUGUUAACUGUAGGAUGUUUCCUUCAAUUUUGUAUAAUGAUAUAAUUAAUUAUUGUUCUCGUGUUUGUUUUCUAGCUCUACAGAAAUAAAAUUAUUAAAAUCAUCAUUUACUAUAUUAUUUUCAGCAGGUUAUAUAUUCAUAGACAGUAGUGUUUUUGUUAUUCUACAUACAUGCAUGUUCUUAGAAAUGCGUGAAAUUGUUUGAGUUAAUACAUAUUACAUACAUACAUAUGCUGUCGUCUCUGUGUAGUUACUUAACUGAUUAUUUUAAUCUCAACAAUAAUAUUAUCAUUGUUGGUUAAAUACUCUUGAUCCGGCAGCUUUAAUUAUAAUAUUCUAUUCCUACAAUUAUUUGAAAAUUAUUUAAAAAUUUGGAGAUAUUUUAUCUUAUUUUGAGUACUCAAUAAAUUGUUACUAUUUAAAUUAA